CACCGCGACUCACGGCCACAUCCAUCCGUCUCCCCGGAACGCGGCGAGGCGCACACGCACGGACGGACAGACGAACCGGACCGGACCGGACCGGAAAUGGCGACGCUCUCCGUCCCCGCCGCCGUCCCGGCCGUGGCCGAGGACUGCGAGCAGCUCCGCAAGGCGUUCGCCGGGUGGGGCACCAACGAGCGGCUCAUCAUCUCCAUCCUGGCCCACCGCGACGCCGCGCAGCGCCGCGCCAUCCGCAAGCACUACGCCGACGCCUACGGCGAGGAGCUGCUCCGCUCCAUCACCGACGAGAUCCACGGCAAGUUCGAGAGGGCGGUGAUCCAGUGGACGCUGGACCCGGCGGAGCGGGACGCGGUGCUGGCCAACGAGGAGGCCAAGAAGUGGAACCCGGGGGGCCGCGCGCUCGUCGAGAUCGCCUGCGCGCGCACCCCCGCGCACCUCUUCGCCGCCAAGCAGGCCUACCACGACCGCUUCAAGCGCUCGCUCGAGGAGGACGUCGCCGCGCACGUCACCGGCGACUUCCGCAAGCUUUUGGUGCCUCUUGUAAGCGCGUACCGCUAUGAUGGCCCGGAGGUGAAUACGUCGUUGGCGCACUCUGAAGCCAAGAUACUCCAUGCGAAGAUCAGCGAGAAGGCCUACAGUGAUGAUGAGGUCGUCAGGAUUCUCACUACAAGGAGCAAAGCUCAGCUACUUGCAACAUUCAACAGCUACAAUGAUCAGUUCAGUCACCCUAUCACCAAGGACCUCAAGGAAGAUCCCAAGGACGAGUUCCUCUCGACCCUGAGGGCGAUCAUAAGGUGUUUCACUUGCCCCGACAGAUACUUUGAGAAGGUCAUCCGGUUGGCUCUUGGUGGUGUCGGUACAGACGAGCACACCCUUACUAGGGUGAUAACCACUCGUGCCGAGGUGGACCUGAAGGUGAUAAAGGAGGCGUACCAGAAGAGGAACAGCGUCCCCCUGGAGAAGGCUGUUUCCAAGGACACAACCAGAGACUAUGAAGAUAUGAUGCUUGCACUUCUGGGAGCAGAGUACUGAGGUCAUAUGUUUGAUCUACCUUAUGUUUGAUGGAGGAAUAAGAGAUUAAGAGCGUAUAAAACUGGCGAGUGUGUUGUUUUUCAUGGAUGAUUAUAAGCUAGCCUGCAUGGCAGUGCUCUUCCGAUAAAUUAUAUCAUUUCGUCAUUUAAGCUGCAGAAAUAUCAUUGGUGUUUUGAAA